UAGCCUUAUUAUAAAUAUUUGACAAGUUGGUCCCAAAUUUUCUGCUUCACACAUCUUCCACUGUUUUUUAGUUAUAUUUCUUCAACACAUUUCAUACAAAUUUUCAAGUAUUCUAAGGUGGCUGAAGACAACAGGCAAAUUAACAACGAUAUGGUGACUACCACUCAUUCAUUUGGAUUUCUGAUUCUUUCAAUAGUUACUCUUGUUCUAAUGCUAGUCGCCUCUACCCAAAGCCUACGGCCAUAUCAUUUUACCUACCAUGGGAAAGGAACAAACAUGGAUAAACAAAGCCAUGUCCACAUUAAGGAAGAAAGAAAAGGGGAGUUAGGAAUGGAGUUGUAUCCAACAGGAUCAAGUUUACCAGAUUGUUCCCAUGCAUGUGGACCUUGUUUUCCUUGUAAAAGAGUAAUGGUGAGCUUCGAAUGCUCCAUUGCAGAGUCUUGCCCCAUUGUUUACAGGUGUAUGUGUAGAGGCAAAUAUUACCAUGUCCCUUCCAAUUGAUCCAUCUUCAUAUUGCCACUGAAAAUUCCAUUUCUUCAUGAUGUAGUUUAAUCUUUAUUAUGGAGUAGUAUUAUGCCUGGUUUCCUUCUUGAGAAUAGAGAGCUCGAUAGAUGUAGUAGAUGUUCUUUUUUUUUUUUUCUAAUUAGCAGAAAGAAUUAAGAUUUUGUGUGUGGUAAUUGUGUAAAUAGGAGGAAUUUAGUGAUGUUGUAAGAGUUUUGUAAGAAUGUUCUCUUGCUUUUUCGCAAGACUUUUUGUACUUGUAUUUGCAUGAUAUAUAUGCUAGCUACUAGAUAUGUCUAGUCCA